AUGGAAGCAUGGCAGAUGGACUGUUUGUUCGGCAUCUUGUUUAGGGGUGGAAAACCAGUUCCUUAUUCUAAAUGUGAAAACGAGACAAUUAAUGAUGGUAAAAGACCAGAAGAGUUAAUUCGUCAAUGUAAUCAACAACCUUGUCCUCCUAAUUGGGAUAUUUCUGAUUGGUCUGUUUGUUCACAUUCUUGUGGUGGGGGACUCCGAACUCGUCAAGUAAGAUGUAUUCAGUUAAUUGCAAGGAAAGGACCGGAAACAACACUUUUGUUGCCUGAUAUACAAUGCCCUGGGGAAAAGCCUGGGGAUGAAGAGCCUUGUGGAAUGGUUGAUUGUGCACCUGAAUGGAGUGUUGGAAAUUGGAGUCAAUGUUCAACAAAUUGUGGAUUUGGUGAACAACAACGUUCACUUUCAUGUAUACAAAGGGACUCUUUUGGAAAAAUAGAGGAGAAAGCAAUAGAAGAAUGUAUUUUAGCAACAAAUAGUGAAAGACCGAUAAUUACUAAAAAUUGUAGUAAUUUAGUUAAUUGUUCUCCAUUGGAUAUUGAUGAAAAUAAAGAAAAUAUACAAAAUUCUUCUCCAAAUAAUUUAGUUCCUUUUAUUUAUUCUGAACCUUUUAUUAAAGAAAAAUCAGCGAAAGACCAACCUUUGGGUGAUAUUGAAAAUGAAGAAGAAGAGGAGGAGGGAGAAGAAGAAGGAAAUAUAGAGGAAGAGGAGGAAGGGGAAGUUAAUAAAAAUAAAUAUCCAAGAAAAUUAACUUUACAAAUUGGGGGGAUUGCUAAUUUAUAUGAAGGUACUUCUGUAAAAGUAAAAUGCCCAGUAAAGAAUGGCGGUAAUAAAAGAAAAAUUAUUUGGACAGUUAAUGGGCGCCCUCUUUUACAAAGUUCUCGUCUAAAAAUAUCCCAAAACGGGGCUCUCAGAAUUUUUAAUUCACGUCAACACGAUGCGGGUAUUUAUGCUUGUUAUAAUAAUGAAAAUGAACAAUUGGGGAAUGUAACACUUAAAUUUAAACCGGACAAAGAAAAUGAAAAUAAUAAAACAAAAAAUAAUAAAAAGAAGGCAACAAAAAAGAAAAAAUUACUUCAAAGAAUUCGUAAUUCUUUAUAUAAUAAUGGGCAAUAUUCUUUUUAUGAGAGAAUAGCCUCUGCAACUAAAGAUCCAAGCCAAAUUCGUGUUGAAUUUGUUGUUUCCGAUUGGGGGGAGUGUGAACAUUUAAAUUGUUUGGAAGGAAUACAAACUCGUCAAAUUUUUUGUAAAAUAUUUUUUGGAAAUGAAUCUGCAAAUUUAGAGGAUUUAAAUAUUUGUGAAAGUUUUGGGGCUAUACGCCCUUUAAUUAGUAAAGAAUGUAUUGAUACAAAAUGUGCUCGGUGGGAGAUUGGAAAAUGGAGUGAAUGUAAUUCUUCUAGGUGUGUUAAACAAUGGACAGCAUUACAAAGAAGAGAAAUAAAAUGUGUUUUUGGAAAUAAAACAGAAGCUAAUCCAAUGCUUUGUUCGAGAAAAACUCGUCCAAAAUUAAAAAGGGAAUGUCAAAAUGUAAAUUGUUCGGCUGAUUGGCGUCCUUCUGUUUGGGGUAAAUGUAGUAAACAAUGUGGGGAUGGAGGUGUUCAAAUGAGACUUUUACGUUGUGUUUGGAGAGGAACUAAGAAACCUGCAGGGCAAAAUUGUAACCAAACAAAAAGGCCAAUAGCUAUAAGGGCCUGUUUGUUUAAAAGAAAAUUACCUGAAUGUGGUGGAAUAAAUAAAAAUGAGGGAGAGGAGGGAGAAGAAAAUGAAGAAAGAGAAGAAGAAAAGGAAAAACAACAAAAAUCUUUAUUGCCUUUACGUUUAUGUGAAGAUCAAAGCCGUUUUUGCGAUAUUCUUCGUUUAUUUCAGACGUUUGUUGUUUUUGUGAUAUUUAAAAUAAAUAAAUAA